CGUGCCCGACUGGUUUCUAUGGGAUGGGAUGUAACCAAACCUGCAGCUGUUGGAAUGGCGGCAUCUGCCAGCCGACAAGCGGGCAGUGUGCGUGCUCGCCGGGCUGGACCGGACKCAACUGCACAGAAGAAUGCCCUGCUGGAUUUUACGGAGCAGACUGUCAGCAGCGCUGCUUGUGCCAGAACGGAGCCACCUGUAACKAAACGGAUGGAAAAUGUGCGUGUGCUAAAGGAUGGACGGGCACAGCCUGUGAACUUGAGUGUGCACUGGGUCACUUUGGGGCAGACUGCCAGCAGCAGUGUGAAUGUGAAAACGGCGGUAAGUGCGACAGACAGACGGGACGCUGCAGCUGCAGAGCCGGCUGGACGGGGGAGCGCUGUGAGAAAGCGUGUGAAGCGGGACUGUUUGGCGUCGGCUGUGAGGAGCGAUGCCGCUGCGCUCGCGGGGUUUCCUGUCACCAUGUGACUGGGGAGUGCCAGUGUCCGCCGGGGAGGAGGGGGAGACUCUGCGACAGAGUGUGUUUACCAGGUACAUAUGGGGAGCGUUGCAUGCAGCGCUGCAGCUGUGCACAGGGUACGUCCUGCCACCACAUCUCAGGAGAGUGUGGCUGUCCUCCUGGAUUCACUGGCAACGGCUGUGAGCACACUUGRGUCCCAGGAACAUUCGGGAGAAACUGCAACCAGGUCUGCCAGUGUUCAGAGAUGAACCAGCUCUGCCACCCGGUGACCGGAUCAUGUUACUGCGCUCCAGGUUUUCAUGGCCACAAAUGUGACCAAGCCUGUGAAGAGGGUCGAUAUGGUUCCAACUGUGAACGAGAGUGUCAGUGUGAAAACGGAGGGAGGUGUGUUCCUUCAACUGGAACCUGUGAAUGUCCGGCGGGAUUUAUCGGACCUCGCUGCAACAUCUCCUGUCCAGCCGGGCGAUAUGGAGUCGACUGCACCCGGGUGGCUCUGUGUGGAGAUGGAGCCCAGAACGACCCGACCACAGGUCGAUGUGUGUGCGUCCCUGGACGCAGAGGAGACGACUGCAGACAAGGCUGCCCCCCAGGCUGGUUUGGGUCAGAUUGCCACCAACGCUGUAACUGCAGUAAUGGAGGAUUGUGUGACUCUGACAGUGGUAACUGCAUCUGUGGUCUGGGCUGGACUGGUGAAUACUGCAACACAGAGUGUCCCGUGGGCCGAUUCGGUGCCAACUGUCAGCUGAGCUGCAGCUGUCAAAAUAACGGCUCCUGUGACAGAGUGACGGGGACCUGUCAGUGUGGGCCGGGCUUUUAUGGACAUCUGUGUGAACACUCCUGUCCUCCUGGUUUCCACGGCCCGCUGUGUCAGCUCCAGUGUGACUGUAACAGCGGCGCCUCAUGUCACCCCGUGUCGGGUCAGUGCAUCUGUCCUCCAGGAUAUCAUGGAGCCCGAUGUCACAGAGUGUGUGAGCAGGGAAGGUACGGUGAGGCCUGCUCCAAGGUGUGCGACUGUGAAGACGGCGCUCCGUGUGACCCRGCGACCGGAAGAUGCCUCUGCCCCUCGGGGAAGACUGGAUCCAGAUGUGACAUUGCCUGCAGAGCUGGUCGUUACGGUCCGGACUGCACGCAGACCUGCGACUGUGAGAACGGGGCGCAGUGCGACCAUCGCAGCGGCCGCUGUCUGUGCCCUCACAGCUGGAUCGGACCCUCCUGUCAGGAAGGGGGGCCGCCACGCUACACCCACGGGAGCCGRGGAGGGGACUCGCAAUUCAUUAACACAGCUCCAUCUAGAUGGAAAACUAAAACGGGCACAGAAGAGCAGGUUUCUACUGAACGGACUGAGGUGAAGGAAAGCGGCUGACAGGAAGCAGCGGCUGCAGGAUUACCAGAAACAGACUCUCUGAUGAGAACUGCAGCAGGGAAGACGGACACAAAAUAAUCUUCAAGAUAUGAAUAUUUCCACAUCACGAAGGCAGCAUCAAGAGACCGCGGUUGCCUUUACUGCACUUUCAGUAAUUGUGUUUAUUGUAACUUUUUUACAGGUACUGUAUAUAAACUGACAGCUUGAAGACAAAUCACUGAAUCUGCUGCGGCCUCUGGCACUGAGGUGGUUUUAGAAAAUAUAUUUUACUACUUUGAAGUUAUUUUUGAGUCUUCAACAUGAAGUAAGACCUCUGGUCUAAUGGUGCUUUACUGUAAAUAUCAAGUUCCAGUUGCCUAAAAAUUGACUUUUAACACAAGAUGACAGCAUUUAUGUGCACCUCAGUAUUUGUACUGGAAUAGAUUUUUUUGUACAAAUUACUUUGUAUUUAUAUUUCAUAUGGAUGCUUACAGGUGAACAUUAUUUAGAAACCUUUUUUUAAACUGACAAAUUCUCUAAAAUAUCAGAAAUAAAGACAGACACACCAAAGCUUGGUUUACCGUUCUUAUUUUUUUUUAUCAUUAUUCCAUUUUCGUCAAAGAUUGAAGCUGUACAACCUGUCUACGUUUCAGAUUCAAGCACAGUGCAGAGAGCAACGCCUGCAAAAACAAAAUCCAACAAAAAAAAGAGAAAAGGCAGAGGUGAUCA